AUGUCAGCUUCCUUGCCUGGGAGCAGAGAACUCCCUGCCUCGCAAUAUGACCUCUCCACCUACUGGGGCCGAGUCAAGCAGUCAGCCGGCAUAGCAGAUCCCAGAACCCUUUUGGUCUCCUCCUCUGGCCUCGAAAAUGCCAAACGACUGGUGUCAUCCUACAAGAAAGGGGAGAUCAAGACAAUGACACCAGAGAUAUGGCAGGCGAAGAAGAUCGUAGACUCGACAUUGCAUCCUGCCCGUCUUCCUCCCCUUCCGCAUGUCCUGCUUCGUCAUCUCGAACCUCAUCGUCACCGCCGGCAUGCUGACCCCCAACAUGGGCACAACCGGCACCCUCCUCUGGCAGAUAGCGAACCAAUCCCUCUAAGUCGGGAUCAACAGCGCCAACGCCAACAAAUCAACCCCACUGUCCACCUCGCAGAUGACCAAAUCCUAUCUCCUCGCCGUCUCAGCCUCCUGCUCCGUCGCACUAGGUCUCAACGCCCUGGUGCCGCGGCUCAAACGCCUCAGCCCGAGUACACGAACCAUACUAAGCCGCCUCGUGCCCUUCGCCGCCGUAGCCAGCGCCGGCGUCUCAACGCCCUGGUGCCGCGGCUCAAACGCCUCAGCCCGAGUACACGAACCAUACUAAGCCGCCUCGUGCCCUUCGCCGCCGUAGCCAGCGCCGGCGUACUGAACGUCUUCCUCAUGCGCGCCGAGGAGAUCAGGCAGGGGAUUGACGUCUAUCGCGUGCAGAAACCCGAGCAACCUCCCCCUCCCCCCAACCCCUCUACCGAAGACCCAAACCCCAACCCAAACCCCUCAAAACAAGUAGUGGUAGCAGAAGCACAACCCCAAUCCCUCGGCAAAUCGCGCACCGCCGCCCUCCACGCCGUCAGCCAGACCGCCAUCUCGCGCGUCCUCAGCGGGGAGUUAUCGACCUGA